CUCCGGCCGGCAGUCAUUACAUCAACCAUCGGCCAGUCUCUGCACACAUCGAGCACAGAAAAACCCCCCGAACUGAAAUUUACCCAUGUCUGACACGGCAUUCUACCGGGAAAAGCACGGCAGUUCCAUCGUUCGCGCGCCAUCAAAUCAAUACCGCGGCCUGGCCUCAACUAUGUCGUUGACGUCAGCGUGAUGGACCGCCCGCUUGCAUCCAAUGUCACCAGACGGCGGGCGACUUGUUAUAAAAUGCAGGCGGCCGGGGCGGUGGCGCGCAAAGACGCAGGAUAGGGAUACCGCUCAGUCCGUCGUAAUCAUUUUAGGCAACAGAAAGAUGGCCCAGUACGUCAAAUCUGCAGUCAUGGGUUCCCAGGACGUCAAGGCGCAAAAUCUGGCCAGGGACACCGUCGAGCCGACCAAGGACACGCGCAUCACGUCCGACUUUGGCACCAAGCAAAGCAACACGGAUGACUGGCUCAAGGUCAACGGCAAGGACAAGACGGGGCCGAUGCUCCUCGAGGACGGGUUUGGUCGCGAAAAGAUCCAUCGCUUCGACCAUGAACGCAUCCCAGAGCGCGUCGUCCACGCCCGCGGCGCCGGCGCCUUUGGCACGUUCCGCCUGCACGAGUCGGCCGCCGACGUGACGAGCGCGGGCAUCCUCACCGACACGUCGCGGUCGACGCCGCUCUUCGUGCGCUUCUCGACGGUGCUGGGCAGCCGCGGGUCGGCCGACACGGUGCGCGACGUGCGCGGGUUCGCCGUCAAGAUGUACACGGACGAGGGCAACUGGGACAUUGUGGGCAACAACAUGCCCGUCUUCUUCAUCCAGGACGCCAUCAAGUUCCCCGACCUCAUCCACGCGGGCAAGCCGGAGCCGCACAACGAGGUGCCGCAGGCGCAGUCGGCGCACAACAACUUCUGGGACUUCGUGUACGGGCACUCCGAGGCCACGCACAUGUACAUGUGGACCAUGUCGGACCGCGCCAUCCCGCGCUCCUACCGCAUGAUGCAGGGCUUCGGCGUCAACACGUACACGCUCAUCAACGACGGGGGCGAGCGGCACUUUGUCAAGUUCCACUUCACCCCGGAGCUCGGCGUCCACUCGCUCGUCUGGGACGAGGCCUUCAAGAUCGCGGGCCAGGACCCCGACUUCCACCGCAAGGACCUCAUCGAGGCCAUCGACAACGGCGUCUUCCCCAGGUGGAAGUUUGGCAUCCAGACCAUCCCCGAGUCGCGCGAGCACGACUUCGACUUUGACGUCCUCGACGCCACAAAGCUCUGGCCCGAGGACCUCGUCCCCGUGCGCUGCAUCGGCGAGCUCGAGCUCAACCGCAACGUCGACGAGUACUUUACCCAGACGGAGCAAAUCGCCUUUUGCACCAGCCACAUCGUGCCCGGCAUCGGCUUCUCCGACGACCCCCUGCUGCAGGGCCGCAACUUUUCCUACCUCGACACGCAGCUCAGCCGCCUCGGCAUCAACUGGCAGGAGCUGCCCAUCAACAAGCCCGUCUGCCCCGUCAUGAACUUUAACCGCGACGGCGCCAUGCGGCACACCACCUCCAAGGGCAAGGUCAACUACUGGCCGAACCGCUUCGACGCCCAGCCGCCCGCUACCGAGGCCGAGGGCGGCUACGUCGACUACCCGCAACAGGUGGCCGGCAUCAAGGAGCGCGCCAGGAGCGCCAAGUUCAGGGACCACGUCUCCCAAGCGCAGCUCUUCUUCAACUCCCUCAACGAGGUCGAGAGGAGCCACCUCAUCGCCGCCCUGUCCUUUGAACUUGACCACUGCGACGAGGCCAUCGUGUACGAGCGCCUGACGCAGCGGCUCGCCGACAUCGACCUGGGCCUCGCGCAGACCGUCGCCGACAUGGUCGGCGGCAAGAAGCCCGAAAAGGCCGGCAGGCAGAACCACGGACGCAAGGCCAAGGGCCUGAGCCAGGCCGAUUUUGCGCCCGAGAAGCCGACCAUUGCGUCGCGCCGCAUCGCCAUCAUCAUCGCCGACGGGUACGACGGCGGGGCCUUUAAAGCCAUGCUGAGCGCCCUCGAGGCCGCCAAGGCGACGCCCGUCAUCAUCGGCACGCGGCGCUCCCUUAUCUUCGCGGCGGGCGAGGACGCCUCCUCCUCCUCCUCCGGCGGCAUGACAGGCGUGACGCCCGACCACCACCUCGAAGGACAGCGGAGCACCAUGUUCGACGCGCUCUUCAUCCCAGGCGGGAGCAAGUCGACGGAGACGCUGCUCAAGAGCGGCCGCGCCAUGCACUGGGUGCGCGAGGCGUUUGGGCACCUCAAGACGGUGGCGGCGACGGGCGAGGCCGUGGCCCUACUCGAAAAGGCCUUCCAGCUGCCGGGCGUGACCAUCUCCUCGGGCGCCGAGGCCGUCGAGAGCUACGGCGUGGUGACGCUCAAGGACGUGAAGCCCGAGGGUCUGGGUGAGGUGGUUGGCGCGGCGAAGAAUGCCAAGGGGUUCCUCGACAAGUUUGUCACGUCUGUAGCCCAGCACCGGUGCUUCCAGCGGGAGUUGGACGGGUUGAGUACACAGGUGGCGUACUGAAGAAAAUGGGGUGUUGUAAUGAAAGAUGACGGCAGUUGAUAAGAAUUGGUCAAAGCAACUCUCAGCUUGUGGAGGCGGGUGGUCACAUCAAUCAAACCUUGAUCUUGGCACGUACAAAGUAAUAAAUGGCCG